GACAGUUUUUCUUCUUUCUCAACACAGCCAAGACUGACUCGUUCAAAAUCUUAGGAAUGUCGACUGUCGUCGGGGACAUCUCCACUGAAAACUACGAGGUUUUCUAUGUCGGAGGUGGGAAAUUCCCACCGACUGUGCUUGGAGGAUUCGACAGAGACAUACUCCGGAAAUCGCUCAAUUUCUCUGAGGACGAAGUGGAUGCAAUCCUGUCUUCUCAGCGCGAAGGGGGGAUCGUUUUUUUCCCGGAUGGGCUCCCUCCUGAUGGUUCGGAUAUUUUUAGCACCCCCCUGAAGAAGGAGAUGGAAGUCGAGCAUCAGUCUGCAGGCAAACCUUCACGAACAGCAGCAGCAGGACUCUCGACGGAGGCAGGCGGGAUUAACCUGUUGUUGACGGACUUGAACUCUGUAUCUGACGUCGGGGAGGUGUGGUUUGAUUGGCUAAUCAGACCUUUCCUCCGUCUUUUCGAACGAUGCUGCGGAGGGGGAAUUGGUGGAAAUGGGAGAAGAGUAACAGCAGCAGGAAGGAGAGGAGGAGGAGGAGGAGAUGAGCGUGGUGAUCAGCAUUAUCCAGCCAGUGACAGAGGAAGUGUCCAGUCAGAGAAAAAGCGGCAGCAAGAGAAAUUGCUUAACGGCAUGGGCGAAGCGUCUUUCUUUGGUAUGGAUCUUGAAGGGCCGUACAAUGUCGAAAGGAGCACGCCUGAUUUUUCAAACGUGGAUGGGUGGUUUUCAGCUGUGGAUCAGUCGAAACUUGGCCUCCUGAAGCAUGUUGGCAUGGGAGUUUUCCGCGUCAAGCUCCAUAGGGUGGGUAUACCUACAGCAAGUCAGCUGCAUACAUUGAAGACCGAGGUCCAGAAGCUGCAGUCGACGAAAGCGGACGACAAUCCGAAGAUGUACAAGAUGCCAACUUUCAACCUGGAGAGGUUUGACGACUACACGCAGCAGGAUCCCGUCCUCUGGUGGGAAGCAUUCACAACGCAACUCAGGAUUCUGCCAGUAGCCAAGCAUGCGUACAUCGGCGCCCUGUUCCUGAACUCAAAGGGCGGAUGCCAGACCUGGUUGAGCCACCUGGCAACCUCCCACGGCGUCGACGUACCAGACUUGAAGGACGUAAUCACAUGGGAGGAACUAACACGGCUGUGGAAGAAGCGGUUCAUCGUCGACGAUGCGCCGGCACUCGCCAUCAACCGCUUGUUCACCAUGUCACAGGGCAACACAGCAACACGGGACUGGCUCACGGAGUGGCAGAAGAUUGCGGUUGUGCCCAAUCUGAACCUACCAUUCAAGCAUCUACGCCGUGAGUUCUACAACAGGUCAUGUGCAGCAUUGAGCGAGGCUCUUGGUGAUCGCGAGCAGUACUCAACCUUGACAAAGCGAGGGAGAUCAUCAAGACCAACAGUUUCCAUGGGUCAAGUUUGGCUUGACCGAGGCGGAGUACAAGAUCCGCGGCCGCUACGGCAGCUGCUAUUGGUGCAACAGCACCAAGCACAAGACCUCCCUGUGCCAAGAUCAGGGCAAGGAGGAUGUGCGACCCCGCCUCAGCUCGGGAAACUGAGCUCCGCGGAAGGUGAGGCGACUCCACCUUCUACUUCGCCAGAUUCGGCCGCCUUGCUAGCGGGCUCCUGCACAUCUGGGGAGGAUGCGAAUGUCGCAAGUCCUCGGUAUACUUACGAGGAUUAUGCUGUCCACUUGGUUCCACCGCUGGACCAACCACUCCACGUGCAACAGUCCACCGCAUGCACGAUUUCAUCACCAUCGGCAACUGAUUCGGCAGCUUCGCCGCAACCUAUCGCCGGGUAUUUGACGUCAUGGUCAAGACUUGAAGAGCUCGACCCAUUGACGUUCACGAACUUCCAGUGGAUGCCCGUUCCCUCGAUCGGACGAUUGUCGAAACUGCAUUCCAACACGCUUAUGGCACAAUUGCGGGACUACUUGCACACUGCAGUACCAACUCUGUUGAUGGACGCCAGAGCAGAGGUUGUCGACCUUCACGCUUUCAUCGCGAAGAUUGACCGCGAGUUCAAGACGCAACGGUACGACGACAUCGACACACCAUUGCUAUACAUACGCAUUCAGAUCGGAGAGGCGACCUGCAGUGCCUUGAUCGAUUGCGGAGCAUCUCGCAACUACAUCAGCCAGGACUUCAUGGUACGUGCCGGCCUUGGCCCACGUGUCUGGAGGAAGUCCCAGCCUACGCAAGUCACUCUGGCAGACGGUCAUAAUAAGUCCAUCGACCGAUGCAUUGACGCCGUCCCAGUGUACUUUGCCCCCCACGCAAGUGAGGCGGUGUCCUUCGACAUUCUGGACACCAAAUUCGACAUGAUCUUGGGCAUGUCAUGGCUGCGAAGCAAGGAUCACCCUGUGAACUUCUUCAACCGCACCGUUCACGUUCGUGACCGGAACGGAGUAUUAGUUUCAUGCAUGGUGCCUUUUCCUCAUCCUUCGAUCAGCUGCCACGUGGUAUCCGUUGAAAGCAUGCGAGCUUCCAUCAUCAAAGACGACAUCGAGGAGAUGGGGGUGUAUUUUCUCCACGCCCUCCCGCCACAUGACGCUUCAUCGACGGACUCACCUUCGGAUCCACGCAUCACCGAACUUCUCGACGCCUACAGCGACAUGUUCGAAGGCCCGCAUGGAGUAGUACCAGAUCGACCCAUCCGCCACGAGAUUAUCCUCGAGGACGAGGGCAUACCUCCGCGCGGUUGCAUCUACCGAAUGAGCGAGGAAGAGUUAAGCCCUGUCGUAGCACGCCGGUCAUUCCAAGCACUUAAGACGGCUAUGCUCAUGGCACCCGUCCUUAGCAUUUAUGACCCCACCCUGUCGACACGAGUGACUACGGACSCUUCCGGCUAUGGCAUUGGGGCAGUCUUGGAACAGCACGACGGCGACGACUGGCACCCUGUGGAGUAUUUCAGCCACAAAGUGCCUCCCAUCAACUCGCUUGAUGAUGCAAGGAAGAAGGAGCUGCUCGCAUUCGUGAUGGCUCUCAAACGCUGGCGGCACUUCCUCCUUGGGCGUCGUAGGUUCACAUGGAUCACAGACAAMAAYYCAYUGACCUACUACAAGACGCAGGACACGGUGAGCAGCACGAUUGGACGAUGGAUGUACUUCAUCGACCAAUUUGACUUCACACCAAAGCAUGUCCCCGGCCUCUCCAAUCUCGCAGCAGAUGCAGUCUCGCGAAAACCUGAUCUUUGCGCUAUGACACAUCAUGCCUUCGCAUUCGACGAGGAGCUUCAGCGACACUUCAUUCGAGCAAAUCAGUCUGAUCCGGACUUCGGCACGCUCUAUGCACAGCUAUCUUCGGAUCACCCGCCGGCCAGCCAUUACCGCAUUGUCGACGGGUACUUGCUCCUCCACUCGAGAGGCAAGGACUUACUAUGUGUCCCAUGCGACUGUCGUCUUUGGACUCGCCUCCUCGGCGAGUUCCAUGAUUCACGACUCGUCGGCCAUUUCGGAGUCAACCGCACUAUUGCACGACUUCGGCAGCGAUUCCGAUGGCCCGACCUCAUUACCGAUGUCACUCGGUAUUGCGACUCUUGCGAAGUUUGCCGACGUAGCAAGCCCCGCAACCGCAAUCCCUACGGCGAGAUUCAACCGAUGCCUAUCCCAUGGGAACCCGGUCUCUCCAUUGCCAUGCAUGUCACCGGUCCGUUUCCUCACGCCCGGCUCGGGCACGACAGCAUCCUCACGGUUGUGGACCAAUUGAAGAUGGGCAUGGUGACAGCUGGUCAUGGGUUAGUGGAGAUGACUUUCCCUAAUGGGACACUGGCCAUGAAGGAGCAUCUUAAGGCUGGUGACGUCUUCUUGAUCCCUCAAUUCCAUGCCAUCAUGCAGGUGGCUGCACAGAAUGAGCCUUUUCAGUUCAUCACAUUCACCACCACAUCUCAUCUGAUCCAUCACUAUUUCUUGGUGGGGCAGUCUUCUGUUUUGCACGAGAUUGCGCCAGAGCUCUUAGCCUCCGCAUUCGGGAUCUCCAAAGGCAUUGCGGAGAAGGUCAAGGAUGCACAGCAGGGUUCUGCGAUCAUCGGACCUUUGGGUCCAUGAUGCUUCCACACCGGAACCCGGAUGCUACAGAGAUGGGCACUGUAACAGCUGGGCAUGGGUCAAUGGAGAUGAUUUUCCGUAAUGGGACACUGGCCAUGGAGCCAUGUUGAGGCUGGGGAUUUUUUUUUUUGGGUCUGUUGAUCUAUGCCAUCAUACAGGUGGCUGCAAAGAAGGAGCCUUGUCAGUUUGUGUUCGUCACGCUCACCACCACAUCUCAUCCGAUCCAUCCCUAUUUCUUGGCGGGGCAGUCUUCUGUUCUGGACGAGAUCGCGACAGGCCGACAGACCCCUUAGCCUCCGCAUUUGGUAUCUCUCAAGGCAUUGCGAAAAAGGCGACGGAUGCACAGCUGGGUUCUGCGAUCAUUGGACGUUUGUUGAAGUUUGACUAUGUGCAAUGAAUUUUGACUAUGUGCGACUGCACAGAAGGCAUUGGACGUUCGGCAAAUAGAAAGGAACAGAGUUACCUAGGAAAGAAGUUUCAAAAAGAGGAGACUUAUGUCGAGGCACUUCUCCUUCAUGCAUGUUCGAUGUCGUAGGCUGUCGAGGCACAGAAUGAUGCAUCUCUGGUACUCUUUUGACCUGCAGGUAAAAGGCGGGGGGAUACCUGUCCAGACUGCUGAAAAAAAACUGAGAGUUUCCGUGUGCGGCAGAGGGUGGAGCGAGUCCGAGGGGGACUACUUUGGGUCAGCCCUUAUCAACAGCAGUGGGAGUGUGUGCGCUAUACUUGGAUGUAGCUUAGUGCAAUAAUGGUGAUGAAACUGGUCCUCAAACGUGCAAUAAUGGUGGUUUAUCUGGUCCUACAAUGUGCAAUGGUGAUGAAUCUGGUCCGAAAAAAUGCCCUUGUAAUUACUAGUUAUUAGAUUGUGUGGUUAACGGACAGGCAAACAGCGGCAUGACUUGCAUAUAGCCAACUGCAGUGGUGAUAGCAUGGCAUUUGUGGCAUUACUAGUGUGCAUUUGACUGCAGUGCUGACCAAGUUCAUUUGAAAUAGUCUAGAGUGAGAGGGUAUCUGGUUAGGAGACUGGGGAAAGAUCGCACGGCAUUACUUUCAUCAAGUGUCAUGUAACUGAUUGCAAUUCCGGUCAAAUUCAUUCCAAAUAAAUAGUUCCUAGUGUGAGUUUGUUCAGUUAGCAGAUAUAGAAAACGCUCAGCCUCUCAGGUGGUGCGACUCCUGGAAGAUAUUCUGCAGCCGACAUCGUUACCGAAGAUAGGAGGACACCUUCAGGACUAAUGUCUUCACCCGAAUAGAACGCCCGGUGAUUAUCACCGUAUCGGGGCUGAAAGUUGUGCCCUGUACAGCUAUAACGACCGGGCAUUCUAUUCGGGUGAAGACGGUAGUCAUUUGCAAUGCUGAGGGCAUGGGAAGGCCUUCGGUUCGAGCCUUAGCGAGACCAGGGACAGCUGUGGAUCAGGCCUCUUUGUCGUGCUUAGUCCAUCAUGAUGAAUAUAGCCUUGCACCAAGGCCAUAUCCACAGAUAUAUUUUUCCCACGUCCAAGACUUGCAAUUUCCGGUCUAGAGUCUUUAGACCUGGGCAAGAGGAGACAAUGAGUCCUAUGACUUUAUGUAAAUUGCAGUCAAUAAUGUAAAUUGCAAUUUGCAACACAGUUUGGUUUAGGGUUGCUGAAGAUCGAGGUACAGGUUUGGACCACUCCUUUGCAAUGUGUCGAGGGUGGGUGUAGUAGCUAUGGUUGAGGCCUGGGUGAGAGAGACAGGUUAAGUGUAGCUAUGGUAAAGGCCUGGGUAAAGGCCUGGGUAAAGGCCUGGGUAAGAGAGGGGAAGCGUAGCUAUGGUAAAGGCCUGGGUGAGAGUGGAUGCGAGUCUUGUAAAUUGCGAGGUCUUUUUUGCAACACGACGAAAGUAGCGGAGGGUUGUAAAUGAAUUGUAGAGUAGGAA